GUCGUCCGCCAUGUUGUAGAUUCACGUUGUCAUGGAAAUUCUAUGAUUAGUACGCAUGCGUAGAAUGAGAACGUGGUGUGAAAGGUUCUUACGGAAAAGAAGUUCGAGAGCUUGGUUUCUGACGGAGAGCAAUAGGAUAGCGUGCGUUAAACGUAUGGGACUGGAGGCUGCUGGAGCUAUGAGUCGCAGUCCGAGUGCCAAGAGGCACACGUCUUCUGUUUCUUUGAAGAUUCUCGUUGAUAUGGACGGCGUGCUGUGUGAUUUCGAGGCUUACCUCCUAGAGCAAUUCCGAUCCAAGUUCCCGGAUGAACCAUUCAUUCCUGUCUCUGAGCGAAAUACGUUCUACGCUCACGAGCAAUACGGCAGCAUUAAAGUCGAAUUGAAACGCAACAUCACAGACAUCAUGUCGAGUCCGGGAUUUUUCGCCUCUCUCCGACCGAUUUCCAACGCCGUCACGUGCAUGCAUUGGAUGCGCGACAUCCCGGAUGUGAGCGUCUGGAUAUGCACGUCUCCAAUCAAUAAAUACCGCAACUGUGUGUCGGAAAAAUACCAGUGGGUAGAGAAACACCUUGGAUUUGAGUGGACAAAAAGAGUGAUCAUGUGCAAGGACAAGACUCUCAUUAAAGGCGACUAUUUGAUCGACGAUCGUCCGAUGAUUCAUGGAGAAGAACAAUUCAAGCCUAAUUUUGGCAAGCAUGUUGUCUUCACACAGCCAUACAAUUGCAACGUUACAACAGAGUGGAGGCUCAGUUUGUGGCCAGAACGUAAAGACAAACUUCUCGACUUUAUUAUGUUUUUACGCGAAGGGCUUGCAUUCCGAGAUUAAUGUUUUGUUGUGUUGUUACUAUGGCAACUAAAAUGCUAGCUUCUUCAUUAGUAAGUAGAUGUUUUGGUCAAUUUCGAUUCCGUGUAGGUUA